AUGAACACUCCACUGUCAGGCAGUCAAGAAACAGAAAGGAUUUAUCUACCAUUAUGGGCAUGGUGUUAUCUCAUGAUAACUGGAAUAUUAUUCGCCUUUGUACUGACAGCCUUAUGUUAUACUCGUAAAUGGUUGUGCUUUAAACAUCUAGUUCAGAGGCGUUGGUGUAGAAAAAAUGCUGAUAGUAUUCAGAAAGGCAUAUAUGGAUAUGAAAAACAAGUUAAUUCAACCGACACAAUUUGUGAGAAAGAAACGCGAUAA